GCGCACGCGCGUCUCGACUUCUUGGCGACCCCACAAGCUACCGUGCAGUUGGGCUCGAGCGCGGAGAUCGAAGAUCCCGAGACGCGCCACCCUGGAGGAGGAGCGACUCCGAAGCGAUCGUUCUACACUGUACACACUUCUGAGCCAUCACCACCACAUCUCAUGUCCCCACCACCAUGCCAAAAGCACACAAGAAAACCCGGAAGCUGCCCGUAACUGUCAACGAUCCCCGUCAGACACAUGCAGCAGUACCGUCCGCAUCAUCCAGCAAGCCAACGGCGACGCGCACUGUUAUUCGCCGGUUUCACGUCCUCAUCAAACGGCGGACGCAACUAGAGAAGGCUAUCCAACGUGGGGAUGCAAUCAUGGAUGGAGUCGAACCUCGCGCGGCGCUCCGAGAUGUUGAGCAGGAGAUCGAGGAGCUCGGUGGACUGGGUGCGUACCAACGAAUGUCCAGCAUCGGUCAGGGCAACGAUAGAGGUGGGGGGAGCGAGAAGGUCUUGAUUGAAUGGCUCAAGGAGAUCGGCGUGCACAGCGCGGCAAAGGAGGCCAAUAGGAAGUUGCAAGUACUUGAAGUGGGAGCUCUCCUCCCAGACAACUAUGCGUCAUGUUCGAGCUGGAUUGAGAACACACCCAUUGACCUUCGUUCGCGACAUCCGUCAAUCCAGGAGCAAGAUUUUCUCCUCAUGGAUGAAGGAUCGAACCGGGAGAAGUGGGACAUCAUCAGCCUCAGUCUGGUCGUCAACUUUGUUCCCGAUGCUCGAGACCGAGGAAGGAUGCUUCGAUUAGCACACUCCAUGCUCCGUCAAGGCGGCCUGCUCUUCCUCGCACUCCCUUUACCUUGCAUCCUCAAUUCUCGCUAUAUGACACCGGAGUACCUUGAUGGAUUACUUCAGACGAUUGGUCUGUCCAUCAUCAAGAGCCGCUGGAAAGAGGGUGGUAAGAUGGCGUACUGGCUUCUUCGUAAAGUAGCUAUGAUCGCGCCGGCGGCUACCAACACGAACAUGUAUCACAAGAAGACAGAGCUACGGAAGGGCAACAGGAACAACUUCGCCAUCCUCUUGUAA